CUGGGACCGCUAACCCUUCCGGGGCGCCUCAAGACUUCGGGUGCCGGCACCCUGGGCGGAUGCCCGAAGACUCCGCCUUCCCAGGAGCCCCUGCGGCGGCGCGAAGAUGGCGGCAGCGGCGGCGGCCGGACGGUCCUAAAGCGGCAGCUAUGGAUCCUUCCCCCGCGCUGGGGCCGGAGCGGCUCUUUGACUCGCACCGGCUCCCGGGUGACGGCUUCCUGCUCCUCGCGCUGCUGCUCUACGCUCCAGUCGGAUUCUGCCUCCUCGUCUUGCGCCUCUUUCUUGGGAUCCACGUCUUCCUGGUCAGCUGCGCUCUGCCAGACAGUGUCCUUCGCAGGUUCGUGGUGCGGACCAUGUGUGCGGUGCUGGGGCUCGUGGCCCGGCAGGAGGACUCCGGACUCCGGGAUCACCGCGUCAGGGUCCUCAUUUCCAACCACGUGACGCCUUUCGACCAUAACAUAGUCAACUUGCUCACCAGCUGUAGCACCCCUCUACUCAAUAGUCCCCCAAGUUUUGUGUGCUGGUCUCGAGGCUUCAUGGAGAUGGAUGGGCGGGGGGAGUUGGUGGAAUCACUCAAGAGAUUCUGUGCUUCCACGAGGCUUCCCCCCACUCCUCUGCUGCUAUUCCCUGAGGAAGAGGCCACCAAUGGCCGGGAGGGGCUCCUGCGCUUCAGUUCCUGGCCAUUUUCUAUUCAGGAUGUGGUGCAACCUCUUACCCUGCGAGUCCAGAGACCCCUAGUCUCUGUGACGGUGUCGGAUGCCUCCUGGGUCUCAGAACUGCUGUGGUCACUUUUCGUUCCUUUCACGGUGUAUCAAGUAAGGUGGCUCCCUCCUGUUCAUCGCCAGCUGGGGGAGGGGAAUGAGGAGUUUGCCCUCCGUGUACAACAGCUGGUGGCCAAAGAAUUGGGCCAGACAGGGACACGACUCACUCCAGCAGACAAAGCAGAGCACAUGAAACGACAAAGACACCCCAGAUUGCGCCCUCAGUCAGCCCAGUCUUCUUUCCCUCCCUCCCCUGGCCCUUCUCCUGAUGUGCAGCUGGCAACUCUGGCUCAGAGAGUCAAGGAGGUUUUACCCCAUGUGCCACUGGGCGUCAUCCAGAGAGACCUGGCCAGAACUGGCUGUAUAGACUUGACCAUCACUAAUCUGCUUGAGGGAGCUGUAGCGUUCAUGCCUGAAGAUAUCACUGAAGGGACCCAGUCCCUUCCCACAGCCUCCGCCCCUAAGUUCCCCAGCUCUGGCCCGGUGACCCCUCAGCCCACAGCCCUCACAUUUGCCAAGUCCUCCUGGGCCCGGCAGGAGAGCCUACAGGAGCGCAAGCAGGCACUCUAUGAAUAUGCGAGAAGGAGAUUCACAGAGAGACAGGCCCAGGAGGCUGACUGAGCACAGGAUGGCACCCAGAGCCGCAGGACGGAGACUGGGGGCAGCCCUCACCCAACUUACAACUGGCUGGAAGGGUGGGUGGUAAAAAGGGAGGGAUGGGGCUCCCCGCAAAAUCACAUUAAAUUCAGGGUUUUCACUCAA